UUAUCCGUUUUAAGUAUAACACGAAAACCAAAAGAAACUCAUUCUUUUACGUAGAAUACAAACAUUAUUCCACAAUGGGUGGUGAUGAUCCACAAGAUGUAGCUGAUAGGGAACGCAUUUUCAAGCAUUUUGAUUCCAAUGGUGAUAACCAAAUCUCUUCACAAGAGCUUGGUGAAGCCCUUAAAGCACUGGGAUCUGUUACCCCAGAUGAAGUGCAACGUAUGAUGGAUGAAAUUGACACAGAUGGUGAUGGCUUCAUUUCUCAUCAAGAGUUCACAGAUUUUGCAAUAGCCAACCGUGGUCUAAUCAGGGAUGUAGCCAAGAUUUUUUAAGUUUUUUCCCAUUCAACAAUAUUUACAUCACGCAAUCAUUUUUAUAUUCUAUGUAACAAUGGUAGGUUCAUGAUGUUGGCCUUUUUCGCAUGUUCAUUAUUAUAAAGGAAGCUCCUUCAUAAGUUAGAGGUAGUUGAGAUGCUCUAUUCUCAAUACGCAACACCACAAGUUAUGUAAUCAAAUUCUUAAUCCUUAAGGUUGCAACCAGACACUACACAUCUCUUUUUUUUUUUUUUGUUGACAUAACUCA